AUGACUCUAGUAAAGUCUAUUCUACUAGCCCUUGCGGCGGGCCACGUUGCCCAGGCUCAAUUGAAUACCGCCGCAAAAGCAGCUGGUUUGUUGUACUUUGGUACUGCUGUUGACAAUCCAGACUUGAGCGACUCUCAAUAUAUUGCCAACCUUGAGACCGCAGAUUUCGGUCAAAUCACACCAGCAAAUGCAAUGAAAUGGCAACCCACGGAGCCGUCCCAGGGUUCCUAUACUUUCACGCAAGGUGACCAAAUCGCGAGCCUGGCCAAGUCAAAUAAUGACUACUUGAGAUGUCACAACCUGGUCUGGUACAACCAAUUGCCAUCGUACAUCACUUCGGGUUCAUGGACAAACGCUACCCUCAUCGCUGCCCUGAAGGAGCAUAUCAAUGGGGUAGUUACGCAUUACAAGGGGCAGUGUUAUGCUUGGGAUGUUGUGAACGAAGCCUUGAACGAAGACGGCACAUAUCGUCAAAAUGUUUUCUACCAAUACAUCGGCGAGGCAUACAUCCCGAUUGCGUUUGCUGCCGCUGCAGCAGCUGACCCUAAUGCCAAGCUGUACUACAACGAUUACAACAUCGAAUACGCUGGGGCAAAAGCAACUGGUGCUCAGGGCAUUGUAAAAUUGAUUCAGGCUGCCGGCGGUCGUAUCGAUGGUGUGGGUCUUCAGUCUCACUUCAUUGUGGGAUCAACGCCUAGUCUUGCCACUCAGAAAGCAAAUAUGGCUUCAUUCACAGCUCUUGGUGUUAAUGUUGCCAUCACUGAGCUCGACAUCCGUAUGACUCUCCCAGAAACCACCGCUCUUGAAACUCAGCAGUCCACCGACUAUCAGACCACCACUACUGCCUGCGUCCAGACUAAAGGUUGUGUCGGUAUCACUCUAUGGGACUAUACAGACAAGUACUCGUGGGUUCCUGGUACCUUUUCUGGCCAGGGUGAUGCCUGUCCAUGGGACUCAAGCUACAACAAGAAGCCCGCAUACUAUGGUAUUCUUGCUGGCUUGCAAUCUGGCACUAGUUCUUCAUCCUCAACUUCCAGUACCCUAAUAACCACCACAACGCCCACUACUACCUCAAGUACUACGCCAACAACUACCACAACCACUACCUCAGGCACAAGUGCUGCACACUGGGGACAAUGCGGAGGUAUCGGCUGGKCUGGUCCUACGACUUGCGUUUCACCUUACACUUGUCAAGUGUUGAACCCAUACUACUCUCAAUGUUUGUAA